UAAAGUACAAUUGAAAAGACUUUGUGAGUACAUUGAGUUUUAGUUAACUUUCAUCCGAACGUUGUAGGCUUCACUUAACUCUGCACUGUUGCACAGUAAGGACGUUCCUAAUUAUUUUAUUAAAAUCCGACGAGAAUAAUUUGUUCUUCGAAUUUAUUUUUCAAGUGAUCGUUUUUGUCCAUUGAAUGUAAAAAUUGAUUUGAAAUUAAAUGAGAUAGUAGUGAGUGCGGUCGUCAAUAAAUUGUAGACUUUUAAAUUUCGAAAUUGUUUCCUGGAGAUAAAAUGAAGUUGUGGUUGUGUGCACUUGUUCUAGCGUCGACGACUUUCGUUCACCAUACUGAAGCAAAGUCCUACGAUGAAACACCCAGCGAACAUAACAUUCAUGCUCGAGGCGUUGACGACAUAAAAGUACCGGCCACUUAUGCUACAGACGUUUUUAAACCCAUCGAAAUAACUGUGGAAGGUCAAUAUUACUGGGAGAGAAUCUACUACAUCGACAAUCGUGGCCAGAACAAUCCAUACAAGGAGACGCGUAAAAUUACGAAAUCAGUCACCACCAGCUAUUCCGAUCUAAAGAAAUCGAUUGUCGACUCUUCCAUUAAAUCCAGUUUGAGUUUAGACGUCGGUGGUGUGUUCGAGAUUAUAACUGCGUCCGUUAAGGGUUCACUGGACACGGAAUUGACGACUUCUUAUCAGUCUACGGUCGAACGGAAAUCUGAAACUCAAGUGACGGAGGAAUUAACGAGAGAAUUCACCGUUGGCGCUAAUUCGAUUGGUGAAAUGUUCAGAUUGGUCUACAAGGGUCCCGGCGUCACAUAUGCAACCAGUACCAUUUCGACCGACGGAAAACUGCCGCAAGACAAAGUUUUCAUCACCUGCCGCGUUAAGCAAAUUCCAUUGAUCAGGGACAUUCAAGUGGUGUAUACGGAGCAAAGUGUCGAUAGACCACAGAAUUUGAUUACGGAGAGUACGGGCGGCAGUCCUGAUAUAAACAAGGGAUUCGGCGGCAAAUAUGUGUGGCUAGUACCGGUAUGGACCAGCAAUACGGAUAAGGCCGUGACGAAUAUUCAAUUUGUGAAACAGAGCAGUAAGAAUGAAGCUUACAGGGACUUGGCAGCAGGAAGUGGCGGAGAGUACCGGUACUUGAAGAUGCUGAAAGACAUGUCUCACACCAGAAUCAAGAGAGUUGGUCUUUUGAGAAGUCCGAAAGCUAAGUACAUUCUUGGUGAUCGUCAGAAGUACGGAUGGGACGAAUGCACCGAAGAUAUUAACACGGACAGAAAGGGAGAUUGGUUGCACUUGUGCUGGAAUACCGUUACUGUCUAAACGUAUGCCAUUUCAAUUGUGUUUUUUGUGAUUUUUUUUUUUAAUUAUUUGUGUGACUGUUAGCUUUAAGUAUUUUAUGUGUAAGGAAAAGUUCAAAACAUUUUUAGACCAAUAAAGAGUAAAAAACAAACUC